AUGUGUAUUAAGAGUGUCCGGCUCCCGCGCGCCGGCGCAGUUCUGAUUCUAGCUCCGCCCCCGGGCGAGCGGGCGACGAUCACGUGUGUUGCUUAUAGUGCCCUUCCCUACUUUUGGGAGGCGGAGGCGGAGCCAAUGAAUAACCCUAUACCUUCCAAUCUAAAAUCAGAAGCAAAAAAGGCUGCUAAAAUAUUAAGAGAAUUCACGGAAAUAACCUCCAGAAAUGGACCUGAUAAGAUCAUUCCUGCCCAUGUAAUUGCAAAAGCUAAAGGUCUUGCAAUUUUGUCUGUGAUAAAAGCUGGAUUUCUGGUAACUGCAAGAGGAGGCAGUGGAAUCGUAGUGGCUCGUCUUCCAGAUGGAAAAUGGUCUGCACCUUCAGCCAUUGGGAUAGCUGGUCUUGGUGGAGGAUUUGAAAUCGGGAUUGAGGUAUCGGAUUUGGUAAUAAUUCUGAAUUAUGAUAGAGCAGUAGAAGCUUUUGCAAAAGGUGGCAACCUAACUCUUGGCGGGAAUUUCACUGUGGCCGUUGGACCCAUGGGAAGGAAUUUGGAAGGAAAUCUAGCCUUAAGAAGUUCUGCUGCUGUCUUUACAUACUGUAAAUCAAGAGGACUGUUUGCUGGUAUAUCUUUAGAAGGUAGUUGUUUGAUUGAAAGGAAAGAAACUAAUCGAAAAUUUUAUUGUCAAGAUAUUCGAGCUUAUGACAUUUUAUUUGGAGAUUUACCACGGCCGGCUCAAGCAGAAGAUCUUUAUGAGAUUCUUGAUUCCUUUACUGAAAAGUAUGAAAAUGAAGAACAACGAAUGAAUGCAAGAAAAGCAGAAAGGGAGCGGAGCAAGGUUUCUGCUAAAGAAACACCUCCAAAACCAUUGUCAAGGCCACAGCCAUCAUCUACACCAGUCCUGCCGAACUCUGGCUCAAAAAGUAGCGGAAAUGAAUAUAAACUCUAUCCUGAACUUUCCAGUUAUCGUGAGGGUGUUGGCAAUUCACAGCAACCUAUAGAAGUGACAGCACUCUAUUCUUUUGAAGGACAACAACCAGGAGAUUUGAAUUUUCAGGCUGGAGACAGGAUCACAGUUACAUCAAAAACUGAUUCAAAUUUUGAUUGGUGGGAAGGAAAACUUCGAGGUCAAACUGGCAUUUUUCCAGCCAACUAUGUUACCAUGAAUUAAAUCUUCUUUUAUUUUUCCAAUUCUUUG